AUGGUUCUUCCAAUUAAAAGGUGGAUUGGACAAGAUCUUAUUGGGUUUCUCUCUUCUCUUAAGAACGGAUUUGAUGCUGCAGGGAAGAUGUUGGAAAAGCUUCGGAACCGGUGCCUUGUAUUUGUUGGUGAUUCAAUUGGAAGGAACCAAUGGGAAUCUCUUCUCUGUAUGCUCUCCUCUGCACUUCCUAACAAGACUUCCAUCUAUGAGGUGAAUGUGAAUCCAAUCACAAAGCAUUUGGGGUUCUUGGUGAUCAAGUUUGAGGAUUUGAACUGCACAGCGGAAUACUACAGAUCACCAUAUCUUGUCAUUCAGGGCCACGCUCCAGUCCAGAAGGGGUGA